CUCGCUCCCGCGCUUUGUCACAGCGGGCGAGAGCUGCCCGCCCUCCGCGCUUCCGUUUUCGCCAUUGCUCUCUAGGGGGUAGGACAGACAAGACCAAGUGGAUAGCCUAGCAGGGUGCUCUGAUUCGGUUUUAGAUGACCUUGACAUUUCGGUGACCUUGAGGAUUUAUCAUAGCGUACAUUGAAGAUAAUAAUUAAUUUGUAUAAAAAAUAGGAAGCACGAAGACUGCUUAAUUUUUAAAAGAUGUUAAACAAAAGUAUUAUCGUUUCAGGAGUUUACAAUAUGUUUUAAUUAUUUGCCGGCCCACCCGGUAUAGACUCUGGACUAAUUUGAACCUGUGUAUCUAACUUGAAACCUUUGAACGCUGUACAACAAGAAUGAGUCCUCCAAGUUUGCCCUAACCGACAGAUUAAUUAACGCAAAUCUAAAAAAAAGGAAAUAUACUUAUCAUGGGACAAUUUUACACAAAUCGGCCUAGCCUCACAGUAUCAUCAAUAAGGGUGGUGUCAUAGAUACUAAAUACUUAAAUACAUAGAAAACGUCCAUAACUCAGGAACAAAUAUCUGUGAUUCGAACCCGGGAUCUCCUAUUUCGUAAGCAGAGUCUCGACCGACAAGGCUAACAGGCCGGUAAAAGCUGAGGAAGAAAUCAAACUAGCUUUUUGUUUUACUUUGCACAAGCUAUUACAUAUGAGAAUGAAAGUUUGUAUGGAUAAUGUGUAAAAUGUUAAGUGAGAGACUUGGCACUUCUUUAUUAAAGAAAAGAAAGAAAGAAAAUACAUUUAUUUAUGACAAAACAAACACGGAUGACAAAAACAUGUUGACAAUACAAUAUAUAACAUUUACCGCAAAAUGCCAUAAAAGGGUCACAAUUCAGCAUGUAGCUGGCAAAGCCAGCGCUGUUCAUUUGUUAUUACUUUAUUAGUAGCUUAUUAACAGCAAUGAAAUUAGAAUUUAAUGAAGGCGAUUUAAAUUGCUCUUUGAAAACAUUGAAGUUUUUAUGAGGAGACAAUAUUUGCAACGUCUUCUUACUUUUAGCAUGUUAACUAAUAUCAAAACAACCUAGAUAUAAAAUUCUACUUCAACGACUUAGCGGGCAAGAGCUUGGUUUGUCAUAAGGCGAAGAUUUUUAAUGGUGACAGGAAAUACAUUAAGCUUGAUAUACCUACAUACAAGAAUAAUUAUAAUGGAAUUUACUAUUUUCGGAUGACGUUGGGUUCUUUACUUUUUGGUGCUAAAAAUAAGGAAACAAUAGCUGAGUUUUAGAUUUACAACCUAUCCAAAGGUUAAGAGUCAAAAUAUGCCUACUAGAAUAUAAAUAUAAGCAAAGAAAAUUUCCAAGUUAUCGUUUAAUGUUAACGCAAGGUCUCACAGUAAUAGCGCAUAUAAAUGCGCACACGAAAAAAAAUACUUAAACAUUUUUGAAUAUUCAAGUGGAUAUAAUAAAAACCAGAAAAUGUUUUUGAAAAUGGAGAAGACAUUAAAAAGUAUAACUAAAGUGAUAGGUACAGUUGUGGUGUUGCAGUUGAUGUGUACUUCAGUGACCGCAGUUGAAUAUAAUGAAACCAAUGAGGGUUAUGCACAAAAUUUCAUGCCUAUAUGUCCUGGUGUGGGGAAACCGGCCGAGAUAAAACCAGAACAUUUGAGCAAGUUAAAAAUCGCAGCAUUCGCCGGCGGUUCACUUUUAUUCUCCAAGUGGACAUCUUAUAACUACCGCAACAUAAAAACCCUGGUCAUGAACCCUCAUAUUGACUUCAGACGAAAGACGAUCCUGUAUUGUCCUGGGUAUUUGGAACAUACUACGUUACCUGUUGGAAGGUUAUUGAUGUUGCAGUAUAAGAGAUUACGGUACAACGUGUUAAUUUUAGAAUAUGUAGACUUCACCUCAAACAUAUUCCCCGUUGUUCCACGCGUGAUGCGUCCUGUUGGUAAGCAUAUCGCCGGAAUGCUAGCCAACCUGACUUCAGUCGGUCUCGACCCGAAAAAGCUAGAGCUGCUUGGCCUCAGCCUUGGUGGCGUGUCCAUGACCUUCGUAGCCAAGAACUUCCAAGAAAUUACUGGUAGAAACAUCUCAAAGCUUACUGCUCUGGACCCUACUGGACCCUGCGUCAGACACCUUGGACCAAAGGAUAGGCUAGAUCCGUCCGAUGCUGACUUUGUCCUACACGUCGCCACGAACAUCGGGGGAUACGGCAUAGGCACUCCGGUUGGACACAUAUCAGUAUAUGUAAACGGAGGGGAGUACCAGCCUGGCGCUCUUCCGUCGUACUUAUGUGACAACUUAUGCAGUCACAUGCAGGCGUUUUAUAUAUGGUUAUCGGUCAUGGAAAACCCUGGAAAAUUCAUCAUGAUGCAAUGUGAUUCUCUACCGCAAGCGAGAAACCACAACUGUUUUGAGAGGAAGCCAAUGGUAACGAACACUCUGGAUCUAUAUACGGAUAGAAGCAAGCCGGGUAUUUAUUACUUGGCCACAAGUUCUAAGUACCCGUAUUAUUUGGGUAAAACAGGCUCGAGAAGGAGUGGGUCGGAAGUUAUGAACCACAUAAGUGACCUUAAUGUUGUUGAUAUUCUGCGGGCUUGAAUAUAUACGAGAC